AUGGAGUCUGUACAAGUAAGAAGAGACAGGCACUCCAGAGAGGAAGAAGAGCCGGAGUCCCCGUAUCACUACCUCUCUCUUGUCCAUCCUCCUCCCCCUCCUUGUUCAUCCUCAGCCCACUGGACGCCGCAGCAGAUGGAAUUUCCGGAUACCAACCGCUCAUCAGUCGGCAGCGGCAACAUCGGCGGCGCCGAGAAGCAGCAGCCCCUUCAAGCCCCCUUCGUGGAGAAGGAGCACAUGUUCGACAAGGUAGUCACUCCCAGCGACGUGGGAAAGCUCAACCGGUUGGUCAUCCCUAAACAGCACGCUGAGAGGUACUUCCCCCUGGACUCCACCAACGACAAGGGCAUGCUUCUCAAUUUCGAGGACCGCACCGGCAAGCCCUGGCGCUUCCGCUAUUCCUACUGGAACAGCAGCCAGAGCUACGUCAUGACCAAGGGCUGGAGCCGCUUCGUCAAGGAAAAGCGCCUCGACGCCGGGGACACCGUCUCCUUCGGCCGCGGCGUAGGUGAGGCAGCCCGAGACCGCCUUUUCAUCGAUUGGAAGCGCCGCAUAGACGCUGCCCACGAUCCCCCUCGUCUCCUUCGCCUCCCGAUCGCCGGCUAUCACCACCACGACCCCUCAUCGAUUAUGUCAUUUUCCCGCUCCGUCGUUCCCUGGAGUAACCUCGCGGUGCCGCCGCCAACGUCAGCGAUAUCAGCCUUGAAGGUGUACGACUACAGCCGACAAGCGGGCUACGGCUACAAUGCUGCCGCUGCUGCCGCGACGUCUAACCCAUACUUGUACCUGAGAUCGGCGGGGUCCACUUCCCAGGUUGGAGUGCAACUCGGUGUCGGCAGCGGCUAUGGAGGCGGCGGCGAUGGGGGAUUGACCGGACUCGGCGUUCCCAUGGUUUUCGACUCAGUGACGAUGGGUCGAGGCAACGCGACACCCAAGCGGGUGAGGCUCUUUGGGGUGAAUUUGGAUACCUCUCCGUCGAAAGCUGGUACGGAGGAGGACGCUGUAGCGGUGGAGAGCCCCCGGCUGCCUCUACUACCGCCCGCCCAGUUCAGGCUUGGGUCAUCUGAGACGGUCGAGUCGCCGAGGAAAGGUAAACAGCCGAUGUCCCUGGACUUGGAGAUGUGA